AUGGUAGAUGACUGGGACGACCCCGGUAAAGCUGGUGAAGCUAAGAAGGUCAUCAACACUGCCCAUAUCUUACAUUUUACCUUCCCCGAACUGCUCGACAAAGGUGGCUUUCCGACUGUAAUCAACUUGAUUGGGGGAAUGAUGCCGGACCCGAAAAAUCCCAAUCAUGAUGUCGUGUAUGCUCAUGGUUACGUCCCAAAAGAGGUUUUGGUGCUUUUUAGCAACCCAGAGGAUCACCCAAAGGUCACAGUUACAGCCAGCAAGGUGUACAGUUAUUACUGUGGCUAUACACCUUUCAGUCACGGCAUCACCUUUAGGUCUGCUGUGAUUAACGGACAUGCAUCUCUGCUCCCCUACAACGAGCAUAUUUCCUCGUGCAAGGAGGAGGUCAAAGACGACGAGAUCAUUAAGGAGAAUGAGAAGUUAUGGGCGCUGUUCAACAUAGUCACGGGAAUGUUUGGUAGUGAGGACAGAUGGAAUGAUACUCGGCGUCCUUUCAAGGAUGAAGAAGUCAAGCGUGUUCCAGUUCUCCGAGUUGAAAUUGACAAGAGUACAUCUCGCCUGCAUGAGCGCUUGGGCGUCUUGGGCUACGAACCUGACUGGGAAACAAGCGACGGAAGAAAGUAUUGGGAAGGUGCGAUUCCGAUUUGGGAGACCUAUGGAGAUCCUAUCAAAGGGAAGACCGACCGAGCCUUUCCAGAUUACCUGAACAAGGUUUUCACUCACAGAAGGGAAUCCAAUGAGCAGGUUGCGGUGGAGGAAGCAACGAGACCUUUUGUACCUAAAAAGUAG